AUGAACUCCCUCGCCCGCAAACUAUUGUUUUGCGUAUCGUUUCUCUUAGCACUCAUUUUCUACGCACGUGCCCGCUUCUAUCGAGAUCCCGGGAGCAUCUUCUUCGACAAGACGCGGGCUUACCAGCAAGUCUACUCACAUCACCGUCUACUCGAGACUGAAGAAUUCAUCCGCGCCACCAAGAAGGAAGCUGGCGAAUACGAGAAAGCUUCGGACAAUGCUACCCUGUGUGUAGCGAUCAGCUCAGUGAAGAGGCAACGUACCAACUAUCUCGAAACAACCAUUGCAGGAAUCCUCGCUGGCCUUACACCACAGGAACGAGGGGCGCUCUAUCUCAGCGUCUUCAUCUCUGAGACGGACCCUGAGAAGCACCCGAGCUAUAGGAGCCCAUGGAUCCCCAGAGUCGUGGACAACUUUCACACGUACGACGUUUUUGAGCACAGGCUCGAGCUCCUCCAGGACAUGGAACGGGAGGAGCGCUUUCUCGAAAAGGGCGUGUAUGAUUACCGGACUGCCCUGCAAGACUGCUACAAAUCGGGGGCACCGUACAUUGCCGUCUUUGAGGACGACAUCCUGAUGGCCGACGGGUGGAUGGUCCGCACUUUGCUUGGUUUGCGUGAGGUCGAGAGGCGAGCUGAAGACUGGCUUUACAUGCGGCUAUUCAACCAGGAGCGCUCGAUUGGCUGGGCGGGCAAGCAUAUUGGCGGGAACUAUGAGUUUCCGAUAAUCGCCCUCCUGUCCGGGGCCAUACUCGCUCCAACCUACUUUUUGCGCUCCCGAUUUCGAUUUUUCCGGGUUCAUCUCGAGAGCAUAAUGGUCAUUUCCCUGUUCCUGAUCCCAUCUCUUGUCAUACUGUUCUAUCAGUGCGGCAAGGCCUCGCUCAUGCCACCGCGGGACGGCAUCUACGCACAAAAGUUUGGCUGUUGUGCGCAAGCCAUGGUGAUGCCAAGGGGCCAAAUACCUACUUUGCGCUCCUUCUUGCGAAUGGAGAAGGCAGGUCAGAUGGAUACUCUGCUCAACCGAAGAGCAAGGCGGGCAAAGUUAAUGCGCUAUGCCUUUUACCCGGUGCAAGCGCAGCAUAUCGGUAAAAUUUCCUUCUCGUUCAUCACAAAGCAACAACUGACCCUUGACAGGCCUGGAUUCGGCACGACAUACUGA